UAAGUAGAGUCCUCAACCAUUCAUAUGAACUAGUUUUAGGGGGAGAGAGAGAGAGGGAGAGAGAGAGAGAAGAACUACAGAGAGAUAAUAGAGAGAGAGAGAGAGAGAGAGAGAGAGAGAGAGAGAGAGAGAGACCAUGGUUUCUAGAGAGCAGAAGAAGUCCAUCAACAAGAAACUGCAACUCCUUAGAUCCAUCACUAACUCCCAUGCGCGCAAUAGAACCUCAAUCAUAUUGGAUGCAUCAAGGUACAUACAAGGGUUGAAGCAAAAAGUAGAGAAAAUCAAUGAAGACAUAGACGUGACGGCGCAACGUUGCUACUUCACGGACCAAAACCCAUUAUUCCCUGUGAAGCUUAAAGUUGAAGAUGGACAGGAGGGUUUUGUAAUUAAGGUGUUAAUUGAAAGGAGUUGCAAUGGGUUGCUUGUUUUCAUACUGGAAGCACUGGAAGAGCUGGGGCUUGAUAUUCUCCAAGCUAGGGUUUCUUGUUCUGACAAUUUUCAUUUAGAAGCAGUCGGAAUAUUAAUGGAUAAUAACCAAGUUUCUGAGCAUAAAGAUGCUCAGGCAGUUCAACAAGCCUUGGUGCAGGCCAUUCAAAGCUGGAUUGGUGCAACCCAACUAAACUAAAAAUGCACUCAUCUGUAUUUAAUCUACAUGAGCUGGAUAGCGUAUUUUUCUCUACUUUUUCAAAUAUUUUACUCGCUUAUAAUGAAUAUAUAUAUAUAUAUAUAUGUAUAUGUAUAUAUAUUCUCUUC